AUGGCUGAAACCAGCUAUAUUAGUAAUAGAAACUCAAGCCAUUGGAUUUGGAAAUAUGUGACUAAUGUUACUGAUAGAGUGAAAAGACUUUCAUCUUUGGCAUGGAGAACAGCAUGGAAAGUAGGUGAAGAGGAUCCAAGAAGGGUGUUCCAUUCUUUGAAAGUGGGUCUAGCUUUGACACUAGUUUCUUUGCUGUAUCUAAUAAAGCCAUUGUUUGAAGGGAUCGGCCAAAAUGCUAUGUCAGCUGUCUUGACUGUGGUAGUGGUGAUGGAGUUUACUGUGGGAGCAACAUUAGGCAAAGGACUAAAUAGAGGGUUGGGGACUUUGUUAGCAGGAUCAUUGGCAUUUCUUAUUGAGUAUGUUGGGGAUAUCCCUGGUCGAACAUUUCAAGCUGUUUUCAUUGGUGCUUCAGUUUUUAUUUUAGGAACUGUAACUACUUAUAUAAGGUUCAUCCCCCUUAUCAAGAAAAAUUAUGACUAUGGUGUUAUGAUAUUCCUCUUGACUUUUAAUUUGAUAACUGUAUCGAGUUUUCGUGUUGAUAAUGUGUGGGACAUUGCAAAAGAUCGCAUAGCAACAAUUGCCAUAGGGGGUGGCCUAUGUCUUGUAAUGAGCCUAGUGGUCUUUCCAAAUUGGUCAGGAGAAGACCUCCAUAACUCCACCAUAGCAAAACUCGAAGGCCUAUCCUACUCAAUAGAAGCUUGUGUCACGAAAUAUUUCUGUGAUUCUGAAAAUCAAGAACCUCAUGAUGAUUCAUCCGAGGAUCUGAUUUACAAAGGUUACAAGGCUGUUUUAGAUUCCAAAGCUAAAGAUGAAACACUGGCAUUACAAGCAAGCUGGGAACCAAGAUGCUCAAGAUAUUGGCACAGAAUCCCAUGGCGGCAAUAUGCGACAGUUGGAAAUGCCCUUCGCCAUUUUAGUUACACUGUUGUUGCACUACAUGGGUGUCUUCUGUCUGAAAUUCAGACACCAGGGUCAAUUCGAGCCCUAUACAAAGAAUCUUGCAUCAAACUUGCAGAAGAAGUGUCUAAAGCACUGAGGAAACUGGCCAACAGCAUAAGGCACAAACGUCAAUUCUCAUCUCAAGCACUGUCUGAUGAUCUUAAUGAAGCUCUACAAAAUCUCAACAAUGACUUGAAAUCCCAACCCCAACUCUUUCUUGGCUCCAAGAAAGUUGGAACCAGUGAGAAAAAGCAUGAAGAAGAAGAUAGUAGAAUCUCAUUCUCAAGUGUUAUGAGCGAUUGUUCUUCAAUUUUUGAAAGUAAAUCCAAAGAGCUUUCUGGCGAGUUGUCAAUGGAAGGACACAAGAAGGUUUUAAAGCCACUGCUAAGUAAGAUUGCAAUGACUAGCCUUCAGUUCUCGGAAGCACUACCAUUUGCUGCUUUCACUUCUUUGCUUGUGGAGAUGGUGGCAAAGCUGGAUCAUGUUAUAGAUGCAGUUGAACACUUGGGCAAAUUGGCACGCUUUAGAGAGUUCAAUGAGGAUGAUGAUGAGAUUGUUGUGACUUGUGAGAGGCCAAAAAUGCAUAUAGCAAACAAUGAUUUGCCUUCUUAUGGAUUUUGA